UGUAUAAUAAAUUUAUAUUCCCUUGCACAGAGAGAAGAGAUAGUAUUAAUGCUGCUGUUAGUCCAGAAAUUAUUUCAAUUUUUAAAGGAAAAACACCGAAACAGUUGCAAGCUAUGUACAGACAAAUUGAGAAAAAAAUCUCCAAAAGUGAAGAUGGAGUUGAUAUAAGUUAUUGGGAAACGUUACUUUCCAGACUGAAUGCUUAUAUGGCCAGAGCUAGACUGCGUGAAAGACAUGAAGAAAACUUACGUCAUAAGUUGUAUAAAUUAAAGAAAGAACAAGGAGUUGAACCACAAGCACCUCUUUUUCCAUGUGUUGCUCAAGUAAAAUCAAUUUCUGAAAAACCAGAAGCAUGUUCAUCCACACAGAAUGAAAAUUCUUGUUCAGUGUCCCCAGUUUCAGAUCAGCAAGCAUCUACUUUUGAUGUAAAAUCUGAGAAAUUGCAAGAAUCUUCAAAUCUCACUCCUAAUGAUUCUUCUUGUGUACUUAGUUCUGAUGAUACAGAAAAAAGUACAAGACAUACAGGGGAGGAUAGUGGAAAAGAGCCUGAGCAUCCUGUUACACAAGUUGAAGAAGUAUAUGAUUCUGGAAGGUAUAGUCCCAUUUUAAUUUCCUUUCAUAAAUUGGAGCCUAGUAUAUUAAUCACUGAUCCUUAUGAUGAUUUCAAGAGAUUAGAGUUCAUGCGAAAGCAUCAUACAAAAUUGGGUGAUCAAUCAAAUGAGGAUAUACUGACAGCUGAGGAGAAGGCAUUUGAUAAGAUAGCCAGGAAAGGAAUGGAUGCUGAUGAAGCCUCAUUCAGUGUGGAAUAUUCUGUGGAUCGGAGUUACUUGUGGGGUGAUAAAUAUCGGCCACGAAAGCCAAGGUACUUCAAUCGUGUACAUACCGGCUUUGAGUGGAAUAAGUAUAAUCAAACUCACUACGAUAUGGAUAACCCUCCACCAAAGAUAGUCCAAGGUUACAAAUUUAACAUCUUUUAUCCUGAUCUGAUCGACAAGUCAAAGACCCCAGAAUAUUCACUAGUGAGUAAAUGUAAUUUAGCUGAUA